UGCUAUGGAGAGAGUUGACGUUAAUGCAUAUAAGUAUAUGCCCAGAUGCCGCUAGACUCUAGUCUCCCCCUAGACAGACUACAUAGAAGGAAGAUAGCCGUUCCUUAGCUCAGCCCAGGAUGGGUCACUGUGCAGAUCUCAUGAGACGUCAAACUGUCGCAUAUGUUGAAGUCGCAUCCACAGCAACUUUACUUUUUGACUUCUGCAUUACGUUCGACUUGGAGGUUCGCUGGACAUGGGGGAGAAAGUGGGGGAUCAUGAGGAUAGCAUUUGUUAUUUCUCGUUAUGUGCCAAUUGUGAACGUUGCUAUGUACCUAUAUUAUACCGUCGAGUCAACUCACAGAGGAAUUCCAAAUCCUGAGGGGUUCAUUGCUGUAAUUGGCACCAUGAAUAUCUUAGGUUCUGCUGCUGCUGACGCCCUGCUUGUGGCAAGGACGUAUGUCUUUUGUGGGGGUGAAAAAAGGAUCUUGAUUGCGAUAUCGUUGUUCGGCACGGCCAUAAUAGCAGUCAUGCUAACAAUCAUAAAUGUCGUUGCGAGCAAAUCAACAAAUCCUAAGUGUGGUGUAUGGGAGGGACAACAAGGUGUCAUUUAUGGUUUGCACAUGAUCUUUCAGCUUGUCUUGAUGUCCCUGACACUCUACAAACGCUUUAAAUUCUACCGACUUGAGAAUAGUCCAUUGGUUGGUACUAUGUAUCGAGAUGGCGUGCUUUACAUGCUGUGCAUUACUUUUUUAUCGAUGAUGAAUUGGAUCGCUAUUCUUGUGCAUCCUAUAUCGUAUGCUCGUCGUUUCUAUGGGGCAGGCCCACAGACCGUCGUGCGCAGUGUCCUCGCCUCACGCAUUCUGUUUAAUCUACGAGCAGUGAAUGAAUCGCGGGAUGUCGUUAUAAACCGACCGGUUGCAUCUGGGAUGGUCUUUGCUCAACGGAUCCAAACAGCAUCCUGUGUAGAUCAUCUAGAGCUGUGGCAUAAUACAGAUACGUGACUUACUUUUGAUUGCGGUUGUAACUCUGUCGAAAAUUUCUGGAUGUACACCUUUCGAUUACUUAUUCUAUGCUCUUUGUCCAUGAAUUCAAGGUUGUUCAUGGG